AUCAUGUGUCUUAUUCAGUCUACACUAUACGCUGCAUUACGAUCAAAUAUGAGAUGGUCCUCGUCUUAAUCUAGUUCACUACAUAGUGUACAGGGAAGUAACGUCACACCAGCUAAAUGAAAGUGAAACGGAGUCAGUCAGAAAGCUCAUCCAGCUAAAAUCUUUUUACAGAAGAAUAUAACUACCACACGAUCUUUUAAUGAGGAGUGUAAAUACAUUCCUGUCAAAAGGCAAGGAGAAAAGUUAAGGUUUAACAGAAGCAAUAAUCCUCAUCACCACAACCAACAAAAGGCAGAAGGAGAAGCAUGGAGAGACCAGAUUAUUUUGUGCAUGACUCCAGCAGUCUCCUGUCUGAAGAUCAGCUGCAGUGUUCGAUCUGUCUGGAUGUAUUCACUGAUCCAGUCACCACUCCAUGUGGACACAACUUCUGUAAGAGCUGCCUUACACAGUGCUGGGAGAAGAGUCAACACUGUUACUGUCCAUUAUGCAAAGAGAAAUUCACCAAGAGACCUGAACUGAAGAUAAAUACAACACUGAGAGAGGUUGCAGAUCACUUCAAGAAGAAAAGUGGUCCUGACAAACCUGAGGUUCUUUGUGAUGCCUGCACUGGAGAGAAGCUGAAGGCCCUGAAAUCCUGUCUGGAUUGUGGACUGACUUUCUGUAAAACCCAUUUAGAGCCACAUAAUCAUGUUCCCAAACUUAAGAAACAUAAACUAAUAAACCCUGUGGAGAACCUGGAGGACUACAUAUGCCAGAAACAUGAGCGAGCUCUGGAGCUGUUCUGUAGAGAUGAUCAGACGUGUGUGUGUAAGUUCUGCACUGAGAAAGACCACAAGAAUCACAACACUGUUCCUAUAGAGGAGGAGAGCAGAGAGAGGAAGACUCAGCUGGGGGAAACACAGACUGAUGUGCAGCAGAUGAUUCAGGACCGACUGAAGAAGAUCCAAGAGAUCAAACACUCAGUAGACCUCAGCAAAAGAAGCACAGAGAAAGAGAAAGCAGACAGUGUUGAAGUCUUCACUGCUCUGAUUCGCUCCAUUGAGAGAAGUCAGGCUGAGCUGCUGGAGGUGAUGGAGGAGAAGCAGAAAGCAGCAGAGAGGCAGGCUGAAGGACUCAUUAAAGAGCUGGAGCAGGAAAUCACUGUGCUAAAGAGGAGAGACACUGAGCUGGAGCAGCUCUCACACACUGAGGAGCAUCUCCACCUCCUACAGAUUUACUCCUCCAUGUGCAGCCCUCCACACACCAAGAACUGGACUGAGAUCAGUAUUAACACUGAUCUGAGUGGGGACACUGUGAGGACAGCUCUGUCUCAGCUUCAGAAGACUCUGAAUGAGAAACUCACUCAAACACUCAAUGACAAGUUAAAGGAAACAGUUUCCACAGAACUGAAGAGGAUUCAGCAGUAUGCAGUGGAUGUGACUCUGGAUUCUGAUACAGCUUAUCCUGAACUCAUCCUGUCUGCUGAUGGAAAACAAGUGACACAUGGAGACACACGACAGGAUCUCCCUGAUACACCACAGAGGUUUAAUAAAUGUGUCUGUGUUCUGGGAAAGCAGUGUUUCUCCUCAGGGAGAUUUUAUUAUGAGGUGCAGGUCAGAGGGAAAACUGCGUGGGAUUUGGGAGUGGCUAAAGAGUCCAUUAACAGGAAGGGGAAGAUUACACUGAGACCUCAUCAUGGAUUCUGGACUGUGUGGCUGAGGAAUGAGAAUCAGUAUACGGCUAAUGCUGGUCCCGCUGUCCCUCUCACACUGAGAGAGAAGGUGGAGAAGGUGGGGGUGUUUGUGGAUUAUGAGGAGGGUCUGGUCUCCUUUUAUGAUGUGAAGGCCAGCUCUCAUAUCUACUCUUUCACUGGUCAGUCUUUCACUGAGAAACUCUAUCCUUACUUCUGUCCUUAUUUAAAAGAAGGAGGUAAAAAUUCAGCACCAUUGAUCAUCUCUCCUGUAAUUAAGACUGAAUGAUUUUUUUUUAAAUCUCACAUAAAAUGGUAAGCUUAAAAAUGGAUUUUGAAACAUUUUUCUGGUGCACAAUUUGAAAACCACAGAACAACAAUGUAAUACAAUCUAAAAAUAAUAGUAGUGAUUAAAUAAGAAAAAAAUAAUAAAUCUUUUUAAAGAUGAAAACCUAAAUUGAUGUGACAAUUCUAUUUUCACUUUUUUUUUCAGAUAUUCAGAAGUGAAAUUUCUACUAUAAAUUGUGUAUCACUACAGUACAUACAAAUAUCCAAUUAAAAUAUAUACAUAACAUUUUAGGCUACACUAAAUUAAAAUUCUGAUUAAUUAAUAAAAUCAAAAUCGUAUGAUCUUAUGCAAAAAUCUAAUAUAUUGUUAAGUAUAGAGUCUGUGCUUAUUAUCACAACUUUUAUCCAACUUUAAUUAUCACACUCACUUCAGGCUUGUGAAACUUUGUCAUUACAAGAAUUGAAUAGUUACCAUACAGAGGAAGAGAGCAGUGUAACUCUGUGACAUUGUGAUACUUUGUGAUACUUUUAGCUCUGUCUUUAGCUCAGUUACUUUAGCUCAGUAGUCUUAAGAUGAGAAAGUGAAUUAGCAUGAACAGAUAUGUCAAGCAAUUACACUGAUGCAUAUGAGAAUUAUUGAUGAUUAGAAAAGAAAACACACCACAAUCAAGCCACACAUGCACCAAAAAUAAUAUUGUACCAAAAAAUAAGAACCACAAGUGGCCAACCAGUUUCUAUUGCCUAAAAAUAUUCACACUGAGAUUUUGAAUAUUCUCCACAUAAUACUAUGCUUUUAUUUUGAGUGCUAUUAACCUUCGUAUACUAUUUUAGUGAAAAGAUUUUGCCUCCGUCCUUGUUAUUCUCACCUGGUUUAAAGGCACUGUUUUUAAAGUGAGAUUGUAUAAGAGAAUGUGACUGUUACAUUGGGGAAAUUACUUUCUCAACUCUUUCAAUCAUUUGUAUUUUUGAUUUGUUUCCCUUCCCUUAUAUAUUAAAAUAAAGCUUGUCCUGAUUACCCCUGUUAAUUGUGUAAUAUUUUGAAGGAACUAAUGAGACAUAGCAUUUAAUGUUUGUCAAGAUGUUAUUUAUGGGCAGAACCUAAAAGACAAUGAUUUUUGUGUGUGUGUGUGUCUAGAAGAUGACAAUAGUUGUUUUUUUUAGUUAGUAAAAGCAAAGUCUAGUCUCUUGGAAUGCUUCUCCUUGUUACCACUGCUAAGUGAUUGUUUUAAUCUGAAACUGUGCAUUAGGAUGUGGCAUGUUCACAUUUAGAUUAGAAGCUCUGGUC